GAUCGCAACCAAUGAAAUUACCCAUAAUCCGAUGAAUUGUUUUAGGGAUUUUCUCCCGCUUUUGUGUGCUGAAGCAAGUAUAGUACCUGGGGGGGACUCGAAUUUCGUGAUCUUCUUUUCCCUCCGUAGCCUUCCGCCCUAGAGCGCCAUGAUCAGGACCCACAAACCGCCCCAUCAGCCACGACCCUUUUAUCCACGAGAAGAUCGUCCUUAACAUGUCGGAUACGCCAUCUCAAGAGCGAGGCGAGUCUCUCGACUCUCCUCAACCCUAUAAGAUCCACGUAGGAAAAGCUUUCUUUUUCACGCGUUUGUCUCCCAUUCGCUAAGGACGCUAAUACUAACUUCAACUCCACCGAACGAAAACAACAGGUUGCGUCCAAAUAUCUCGACCUGACUACUCAAAAGUUCGACAUAGCCCGGCUACCGAAUGACUUUGGGCAACCUGAGGGUGAAGAAUGGGCCGAUGGGACGCCCAAGCGAGUUGUCGAGGAGCUGAUUGACCAUUGUAAUCUCGCCUUUGCCCCACUGCACCUUCCUCUCGUUUCCCCUUGCCCUGCGUUCGUGAUCCAUAAAUUUGGAUCCACAAAGGGCACGACGGUACCAGCGGGGGAGGGCUUGCUGACUCGACACAGGGCAGGAACGCUUCGACUGGCGUAAGCAGGAAGCCGCGCUGAACCGGUUACCGAACUUUCGAGUUCCCAUUGAGGUCGACGGCUUCGGGACGCUCCGCAUUCACUUCCUAUGGCAGAGGAGUUCGAGACCGGAUGCCAUUCCACUGAUUAUGGUGCACGGGUGGCCGGGCAGCUUCUGGGAGUUUUCGAAAAUGAUUGAGCCAUUGGCCAAUCCGCUAGAUACGAGUAUGCCGGCGUUUAAUGUCGUUGUUCCUUCGUAUGUGCGCAUCUUUCUCUCUCGGUUUAUAGCAUACCGGCAGCGGAGGAGGAGGGGCGCCUAAUAAUAAUGAACAUAUCUAUAGCAUGCCCGGCUACGCCUUCUCCGACGGUCCCAAAAAACCCGGCUUUGGGGCGAGAAAGAUGGCCGAAGCUAUGGACAAACUUAUGAAGAAGCUUGGAUAUGAGCACUACGGUAGCCCCUCCCGACCAGUCCAGCAUAUACACCGUGAGACGGGACCAAAAACUCAUAAGUACCCUACGUGGGAUUCAAACAGUCGCUCAAGGUGGAGACUGGGGCUACCUGAUCUGCCGCUACCUCGCCUUCCAAUAUCCCAGAAGCGUCCGGGCAAUCCACGUCAACUUCCUCCAUGUGAAGCCGCCGACACUGUCCUUCCACCCGAUAAAGUUCCUGAAGCUCUUCCUCGCGAUGGCCUCAAACGGAAAGUUCCCGGGGGCGUACACGCCCGAGGAAGUUACUGGCUUGAAGAGGGCGAAGAAAUUCUACGCUGAAGAGAUGGGGUUUCAGGCUAUUCAUAGGACGAAACCGAUGACACUAGCCUACGGAUUGACAGAUUCCCCAGUUGGGUUGUUAGCGUGGAUGAGGGAGAAGAUGCAUUCUUGGACUGACAACGUUCACCCCCGCUCCCCGCCCCGCCAGAUACGACUCGCGUACUAACUCGCCACCUAACCAUCCACCCAGUAUCCCUGGACAAACGACGAAGUCCUGACCUGGUUCAUGCUGCACUGGACCCCCGGCCCGCACCAAGGAACUAGACUAUACAAAGAAGCCUCACGUGAAAUCGAAGAAGGAACAUCAAAAUGGAGCAGCGUCCCAAUGGGCUUCAGCAGCUUUGCAAAGGAGAUAAUUACGCCGCCGAGCGAUUGGGCGAACAUGCUGCACCCGCUCAGGUUUUACAGAAAACACAACUCGGGGGGGCAUUUUGCUGCUUGGGAGAAGUAUACUUUUCCACUUUCCACAUAUUUUGAAUCUCUGGCUGGGUCGGAUUGUUGACACAGGGGGGCGGUUAUAGGCCGGAGGAACUCACUGGCGACAUUCAGGACUUUUUCAAGCAGAUUGUGGGGAAGGAUAAAGUCUUGCAGUUAGAUAUUCAACAACAACAUUCCGUGACCGGUAGUAAUAGCACUGCGGGGGCAGCCGUGAGUACGGGUACGCCAGCUGUGGUAACGAAUGGGGCUUGAGGGUUUCCGGGGGGUUUUUUUUACCCUCUCUUUUUGGAAGAAUUGGGCCCGGGAGGGUGUCGAGAAUAAACCAUAUCCUCG